AUGGAAAUCAAGCCAGCAGAUGUCGAAUCUCAGCACCGACAGCCACUCUUAGACGAGCAUGACCCGACUCCAGCACCACCAGCACUGCCUGACCAAAAUCAGAAAACUCAAAAAAGGAAAGUCAUCAACCGUACAUUCAAAAGCACAGCCCGUUUGGCCAAUCUCCUCCCGACUGGAACGGUUCUAGCAUUCCAAGUCCUCUCUCCCAUCUUCACUAACCAAGGCCACUGCACCGGCCUCGGCUGGCAUCUGACCGUCGCCCUUGUUUCCAUGUGCGCAGCGUCUUGCUUUCUCUUAUCUUUCACAGACAGCUUCAGGGACACGGCCGGGAAAGUCCGUUACGGGCUAGCGACUCGAAAGGGAUUGUGGGUCAUCGACGUCAAGGGUUCUGUCGCCCUAUCUGCCGAGGAUGCGACUAAAUACAGAUUGAAAUUCAUAGAUUUCGUCCAUGCAUUCAUGUCGGUGUUUGUUUUCGCUGCGGUUGGUUUAAUUGAUAAGAACAUGGUGGGGUGCUUUUAUCCAACGCCAUCGGAACAUACGAAGAAUCUUCUUGCAGCAUUGCCGGUGGGAUUCUGCAUCGUUUGCAGUAUCCUCUUCAUUUGUUUCCCAACGAAGCGCCAUGGAAUUGGCUUUCCACUCUCUUCUCGUUAA